AUGGCGCCUCUGACUCCAUACACCUACAUCCGGUGCCCUUGUGCCGAGACCCGGGCCAGCGACGACAGCUCGCCGUCGACGCCAGACAGCCCGGAGGACGAUGAGCGCACCUUCGACCCCCGAGCUCCGCGCGCCAACUACAGCCUUUACCCGCUGGAGCACUUGAUGUACUGCGAGGACUGCCAUCAGAUCAGGUGUCCACGAUGUGUCAACGAGGAAAUCGUCACCUAUUACUGCCCAAACUGCUUGUUUGAGGUGCCCAGCAGCAACCUUAAAAGCGAAGGCAACAGAUGUACCCGAAGCUGUUUCCAAUGUCCCGUCUGCAUCGGCCCCCUCGCGGUUACGAGCCUCGAGGAACGCUCCGAGGCAAGCAGCCUGCUCACGGCUGAUGCGUCUGCCCCGCAAGGCGGUCCCUACGUCUUGGCCUGUUCAUACUGCAACUGGAGCUCGACCGAGAUCGGCAUCAAGUUCGAAAGGCCCAAUGGCAUCCACGGCCAGCUGGCCAAGAUGCAGAACGGCGGCCAGCCGAAGCUGACGCCCAAGGAACACAAGGAGAGGAAGAAGGAGAGCCAGGGAAACUAUUCCCUGGACGCCAAAGACAUGGAUACCGAGCUGCAGUUUGCGCAACUUAAGUCGUUUUACCAGACGCAGCUUGCAAACUCCAACCCGUCGGCGGGAGGUUUGUCGUCUCUCGGAGACCUCGGCCUCUCCUCUCCCGGCUCCUUGUCGCGCAUUAUGAGUCUGUACACUGGAAACAACUAUGGGCACAAGCAGGCGCGGGGCAAGGUGCAGAUCAUGCGGGAGGCUCUCAGCACGGACGAAGGCCUGAAGACGACAGACCUCGACGAGACGGCUGCCAUCGAGAAGCUGCGCGCGACUCAUAUCGAUGACACGACCACCAUCGACCAGAACUCCCACCAACAAGACUCGGUCCGCUUCAGAGACCAGCUGCGCCCCAUCCCCUACCUCCUCAGGACCAAACGAUCGAAGCGAUGCCCCAUAUGCAGACACAUCAUCAGCAAGCCAGAAGCAAAGAUCUCAAACACGCGCUUCCGCAUCCGCCUCGUCGCGGGGAGCUACAUCCCGACCAUCACGAUCCGGCCCCUCAGCUCGGAGUCUCAGAACAUCCCCUCCACGGCCAGGCCGCCCAUACCCCAGGAGCUCUGGCUUACGCCUCUGAAGCCCAUCCAGUAUCUCCUGACCUUCAAGAACCCCAUCUUCGAGACGGUCAAGGUGUCCCUGGCCACGCCCUCCAGCACUCCCGGCCGGUUUGCGAGCACCGUGACGGUGUUCUGCCCGCAGUUCGAGAUCGACGCGAACACGGACAUGUGGGACGACGCGCUGAAGGACGACACCGAAAAGGAGAGCCGGAGGGGCGAGGAGGGCGCCUUGCAGCAGGCGGAAGUGGGUAAGAUUUACGACCGCGGCCGCAACUGGGUCAGCAUCGUGUUGGAGGUGGUGCCGGCGUCCCUGAGGCUGGAGGCCAGCGGCGAAGCGGCAGAGGGCGCGCUGCUGGAGGACGAGGACGUGUUGGAGAUUCCCAUGUUUGUGCGGAUCGAGUGGGAGACGGAGGCUCAGGGCGACGUCGGUACAACGGCAGGCAAGGAGAAGGAGGCUCGGGAAAAGAGAGAAUUGGCAUACUGGUGCGUCCUUGGAGUGGGACGCAUCAGUCAGGAGUGA